AUGUCUUCCAGGAAUUCAGUAACUAGGGGUGGUUUGAUGCUAAUUGUGUUUGCGUGUUGGUUUAAUGCGAAGGGCAGCGAAGCAUUUGGGACAUUCGGGUUCGACAUCCACCAUAGAUAUUCCGACACUGUUAAGGAAUUCUUGAAUCUGGAUGGGUUGCCGGAGAAGGGUACGGUUGACUACUACACCGCCAUGGCCCACCGCGAUCAUCUCUUCAAGGGCCGCCGCCUUGCCGCCUCCAACACCAAACGCCUCACUUUCUUUGGUGGCAACAAGACUUACUCCUUCACUUAUCUUGGAUACUUGCAUUAUUCAUUUAUUAGAGUGGGUACCCCUGCUAAGGAUUUUUUUGUGGCACUUGACACGGGUUCUGACCUAUUCUGGUUACCAUGUGACUGUACUAACUGUGCACGUAACUUCUACUUGACCAAGGGAACUAAAAUCGAACUAAACAUAUACAGCCCUAGUAAUUCGACAACUAGCACGCCAGUUCCGUGCAAUAGUACUAUGUGUGGACCGAAAAGAGGAUGCUCUGCCAAUUUUAAUGCAUGUGCUUACAAAAUAUCAUACGGGGACACCUCAAGCACAGGGAUAUUGGUAGAUGAUGUUUUGCAUUUGGGUACAACUACCAAUCCACAAGAUCCUGUCGAUGUCCCAAUUACGUUCGGAUGUGGAAAAAACGUAACCGGUUAUUUCUUGGACAGUGCUGCUAUAAAUGGUGUACUUGGACUUAAUAUGGACAGUAUAUCUGUGCCUAGCAUUUUAGCUAACAAAGGUCUUAUAGCAAAUUCGUUCUCCAUGUGCUUUGGCCCCGGUGGACGUGGAAGAAUUGAAUUUGGAGAUAAAGGAAGUCCACUACAAAAAACAACUUCAUUUAAUCUUCAAAAAUCAAACCCGACUUAUAAUAUCACUGUGACACAAAUUACUGUGGGUAAUAACGUGACCAAUCUUCAGUUCACCGCAAAUUUCGACUCUGCUAUCUCGUAUACAUACUUCACCGAGCCAGCUUACUCGUUUAUUGUAAACAAUUUCAAUUCUCGAGUAACCGAGAAACCUUAUAAAAUUCCAGGCGAGACUAAGCUGAACUAUUGCUAUGAUCUCGGGAAGGUGGAUACGCACGCGUAUUGUUUGGCUAUUGUCAAAAGCAGGAGUAUUAACGUCAUUGGACAAAAUUUUAUGAAUGGGUACCGCCUGGUCUUUGAUCGCGAGGAGAUGGUUUUGGGCUGGAAAGAAUCUGACUGUUCCGAUACCAGCUUGUCCGAAACUCUACCCCCAAACAAUGGAAACUCCUCGCGUCCACCACCACCACCACCACCACCACCACCACCACCACCACCGACAAACCGUGCCGCCCACUUGAGUUUCAUGACUAUCGGAGUACUUGCUGGGGUCAUACUCGUCAUUUUCUCCCACCACUUGAUCAUUCUUUAA